AUGCCUUCGGAACUGGGACAGACUCUGGACCAGGUUCCACCACGGGCAAAAGCAGAGGACUGCACAUUUUCUGGACCAGAUGCUGCCCCUGAAAGGGAACUCUCCAGCCCUGAAGCUGCCCGGCAGCUUUUCCGACACUUUCAAUACCAGGUGCUGUCUGGGCCCCAAGAGACCCUGAGGCAACUUCGGAAGCUCUGUUUCCAGUGGCUGCAGCCGGAGAUUCACAGCAAAGAGCAGAUCCUGGAGCUCCUCAUGUUGGAGCAGUUCCUGACCAUCCUGCCGGGGGAGAUCCAGACGUGGGUGCGUGCACAGCGUCCCAAGAGUGGAGAGGAGGCUGUGACUCUAGUGGAGAGUUUGAAGGGUGAACCCCAGAAACUGUGGCAGUGGAUCAGCAGCCAGGUUCUGGGACAGGAAAGAUCACCUGAGAACCUGGAAUCUGCAAGGUGCCAAGUGUUGGAGGCAAAGUCCCCUCUUAAAGUGGUGCCUCAGGAGCUGGGACUUCAGAAUUCAGCCUCAAAGCAUGAGAAACAACUGAGCCAUGUCAUCAAAGAGGAACCUGACACUGAGCUGGAAUUAGUAAUGGCUGCUCCCCAGCUUCUUGCCCGACCUGAGGAAAGGCUCAUCAGCGACCAGGACUCUGGAGGCUCACUUCUUCAAGUGUCAUCUCAAGAACAGUGGAGACACCUAGAUUGUACUCAGAAGGAACACUACUGGAACCUCAUGCUGGAAGCCUAUGGGAAAAUGGUUUCAGGAGGCACUUCCAGUCCCACACCUGAUCCAGGUAAUUCAGCAGAGAAAAGGAAAGAGCUGGCCAAAUUUCCCCUUCAUGCCAGCAAGAAGAUCUCCACACCCAACUGCAAAGGAGACAGACCAGAGAAUGGCAAAAAGAACCUAAACAUGGAAACCUGUUGGAACCAGGAGCCUCCAGAUGCCCCUUGUCACAUUUCAGGAGAGGCCCCUCCUCAAGGUUCUUUGAGUGGCUUCUUUGGUGAGAAUGAACAAAGAUGCUUUGGAGGAGAUUAUCUCCCUAAGGCAACAGGACACCUUCAAGGAGAAGAGAGAGGGGAGCAGCACUCUCCUCAGGAAAAAGUUUCUGGAAAACAGCUAGACCAGCAUUUGCCUGAUUCUCACACAAAUGACCUGUCUGUACUGUGGCUUGAGCAGAAGCAAGAGGUCCCCCUGAAGGACCAGCUGAGACCUCCAAGGACCCAGAAGAUCCCCACAUCCAGAGAGUGUGGGAAAACCUUCUCUAGAAAUUCUCAGCUUCUGUUUCACCAGAGAACUCAUACUGGAAAGAUGUAUUUUCAGUGCCCCACAUGUAAGAAAUCCUUUCUGUGGAGGUCAGACUUUGUUAAGCAUCAGAGAAUCCACACAGGUGAGAAGCCGUGCAAAUGUGAUCACUGUGGGAAAGGCUUCAGGGACUUUUCUGGAUUACACCACCACGAGAAAAUACACAGAGGCGAGAAACCCUAUAAAUGUCCCAUUUGUGAAAAGAGUUUCCUUCACAGGUCUGAUUUUAAUAGACACCAGCGGGUGCACACGAGAGAGAAACCCUAUAAGUGUUCUCUGUGUGAGAAAAGUUUUGUUGACCGUUCAAACUUUUUUAGACACCAGCGGGUCCACACAGGUGAUAAACCCUAUAAAUGUCCUCUCUGUGAAAAGAGUUUCAUUCAGAAGUCUGACUUUAAUAUACACCAGAGGGUCCACACAGGAGAGAAACCCUACAAAUGUCCUCUCUGUGAAAAGAGUUUCAUUCGUAAGGCCACUUUAAAUAGACACCAACGGAUCCACUUAGGAGAAGAACCUUACAAAUGUCCUCUCUGA